GAGCAGAGAGAAAUUUUUAGCGACCUAUUCUUUGUGGCUUGGGAGUUGGGACCAACUGAACAAGGCGUUUUCGACAUGGGGAUGGCUGUGGGAAUGGCGGACGUGGGCAUGGUGGAGGUAGUGGAGUCCGGUUUCGUGGUUCCCAGCGAGGGGACCCCAAAGAAGGCGAUCUGGCUGUCCAAUCUAGAUGUAUGGUAUCGUAGGUAUUACACCGCCACUGUCUAUGUCUACAGGCCCAAUGGAGACCCGAACUUCUUCUCCGUGGAGGCCAUGAAGGCGGCCCUGGGCAAGGCGCUGGUGCCCUUCUACCCCAUGGCCGGGAGGCUCGGGGUGGACCGUGACGGCCGGCUUGAGAUACAGUGUACCGGGGAGGGCGUCCUCUUUGUGGUGGCCCGAUCCAAGUUCACUCUCCGUGACUUCAAGGAUUCUACACCAUCAGUGGACGUGAGGCCGCUAUUGGUGCCUCCGGUGGAGUCCGCUGAGCCUCCUUGCAUCUUGCUCAUGCUUCAAGUAACAUUUCUCAAGUGCGGCGGUGUGUGCUUGGGCGUCAACAUGCACCACUCAGUAGCCGACGGCCCCGGCUCGAUCCACUUCAUCAACACAUUUUCUGACAUCGCCCGAGGUGUUGGCCUGACGGCUCCUCCCUUCCUCAACCGCACCCUCCUCCGGCCGCGGUCCCCUCCCACCGUCCUCUUCGACCACGCCGAGUACCUUGGACAGCCAUCAGGCGAUCCCUUAAAUGCGGUCAUCCCCCUCGCCAAACCUGUGCUCCUCAAAGUAUCCAGAGAUCAGCUCGAUUACCUCAAGAGCGGAAACAGAUCAGGCCUCUCCACCUUCAGAGCGCUCUCGGCGCACGUGUGGCGGUGCGCGUGCAAGGCCCGUGAGCUUCAUAGCGUUCGAGUGACGCGGCUGAACAUAAGCGUCGAUGCUCGCUCCCGCCUGGAGCCGCCGCUCCCGCCGACCUACUUCGGCAACGCUGCCUUUAGGACGUCGGUGGUCGCGACGGCGGGGGAGGUCCUAUCUGAUCCUCUGGAGCAUCUGGCCGAAAAGAUCCAUGGCGCUACCGUUCGAUCAAAUGACGAGCUUUUUAGGUCGCUCAUAGACGUUUUGGAGGAGGUGAACAUGAGUCGUAUGCAUGUAUCGGCGUGGGCGCUGCCUGGCACCGACCUAUAUGUCGUCUCCUGGCUGAGGAUGCCGAUCUACGAGGCCGACUUCGGCUGGGGGAAGCCGGCGUUCAUGGGCAUGACAGCACCGCGCAUGCCAUGUGGAAUGGUGCACAUCAUGCGCAGCCCUGGAGACGACGGCGGGAUUUCCCUUGUGGUGACAUUGGAGACGGAGAACAUGCCAAGGUUCAAGAAGUUGUUCUAUGAGGGGUUGGAGGGGGUGGAAUCAGCUUAGCCAUGCUUUCAUUCUGGUUGCUUUAUUUCUUACGGUCUCCUUAUUUCCUUAUUUGCCUCUGGGAAUAUGGAGCUCAGCAGAGUUUCGCUUGAAAUUGUUUGGAUCGCCCAGGAUCCUGUCGUGUUAUGUAAGCCUAGCCUCUAAAUUGCUGGGGAAUGAAUCGAAGUUUUAGUGUGCUGUAUUUGUCAAUAAUAUGAGUUGUUGUAUGCUUAUCAUUCCGCUCA